AUGAACACGUCUGCUGGGACGGGAGUUUUUAUCUUGUCCUUGACAUCAAUACCCAUUUCCUUUUUCUUCAACUCUCUGAUCUACACUAACAGCAUUGAGACAGUCUUUUUCGCUGGAUCUACAACUGUUCUUAUCUUGGCUAUUUCUGCAUGCUUUCUAUUCAAGAAGAAGGCACCCAGAGACCCUCUAUUCUAUGUGUUUGCAGUGUAUGCAUUCCUGAGUGUGGUAAACCUGAUCAUUGGUCUGGAGCAGGACAGUAUCAUCGAUGGUUUCAUCACCUUCUAUCUCAAAAAUGCAAACCCCUACAUUAACACGGCCCAUGGACACAUGAUCUCCUAUUGGGAUGGAUGUGUCCACUAUCUCAUGUACCUGCUCAUGGUUGCAGCUAUAACCUGGGGGGCAAGCUACAGAGCCAUCGGCCUGUACUGGGUGGGGUCCAUUCUCAUGCGCGUCAUUGUCUACAUUCCUGGAAAUGUUGUGGGGAAGUAUGGUACCCAGCUGAGCCCUCUGUUCCUGGUCCAAAUGCUCUACGUCGUGGUGUCGGUGUGGGCCUGCUUCCGCGUCUUCAGCCAGUCCGCCACCAGACAGGCUCGGACAAUGAGUAUCAAUGAGGCCCAGAGGACUACGCUGGUGGAGAGGCCCCUAGACUUUCUGUUUGUCAUCUACCUCGUCCCUGCUACAUUUUUCUGUGUCUUCAGAGGCCUGGUGGCCCUGGACUGCCCGACAGAGUGGUGUCAGGAGUACACACAGCUAUAUGAGCCUUACCUGAAGGACCCCUCAUCUUAUCCUAAAAUACAGAUGAUAGUGAACAUGCUUUACUCCGGUCCGUACUACAUCAUUGCGCUCUACGGGCUGCUCGUGCCUGGGUGUGAGUGGAUGCCUGACCUCACUCUGGUCCACUCUGGUGCAAUAGCACAGGCCCAGUUCUCCCACAUCGGUGCAUCUCUCCACACGCGGACGCCGUUCUCCUACAGAGUACCAGCUGACAGCCAGAUUGUCUUUCUAUUAGUCAACGCCCUGUAUGCCAUUGUACCCCAAGCCUUCUGCUACCGCUGUGUCACUAGCCCUGCCUUCUUCUUCAGAGACCAACAAAAUGACAAGAAGACUGGCUGACUGACCAACUGGCUGACUGACCGACUGGCUGACUGACCGGCUGGCU